AGCGGGCAAUUGUCGUCCCUGCCUGCGCACAAUGGCGCCUCUCCCAGCGACCCGUUUCGCCAUAAGGACGGGCCUCCGGAACGGACUGUGGUCGCUAGUAGAGGUUCCACUGUAUUGUUAGAAGAGAAUUUGUCAUCGUAAUUUAAUGUAAAGAUCCUGAAAUGUUUGCCGUGGACGAGGGUGGGGUGGGGGUGAUUUGUGCAGCCUAUACAUGGUUGUUGUUGUUGUUUUCUACAAUCAAGUAGCAUAUAUAUUUUGUGAAAUAAUAAUAAUAAUAAUAAUAAUAAUAAUAAUAAUAAAUUUAUACCCCGCCCAUCUGGCUGGGUUUCCUUAGCUACUCUGGGCAGCUUCCAAUAAAAUAUUAAAAUACAAUAGUCCUUCAGAUAUUAAAAGCUUCCCUAAACAGGGCUGCCUUCAGAUGCCUCCAAAAAAUAUGGUAGGGUGGGCACUACUACGGAGAAGACCCUCUGCCUGGUUCCCUGUAACUUCACUUCUUGCAGUGAGGGAACUGCAAGAAGGCCCUCGGCGCUGGACCUCAGUGUUGGGGCAGAACGAUGGGGGUGGAGACGCUCCUUCAGGUAUACUGGACGGAGGCCGUUUAGGGCUUUAAAGGUCAACACCAACACUUUGAAUUGUGCUCGGAAACGUACUGGGAGUCAAUGUAGGUCUUUCAAGACCGGUGCUAUGUGGUCUUGGCGGCUGCUCCCAGUCACCAGUCUAGUGGCCGCAUUCUGGAUUAGUUGUAGUUUCCGGGUCACCUUGAAAGGUAGCCCCACGUAGAGCGCAUUGCCGUAGUCCAAGCAGGAGAUAACUAGAACAUGCACCACUCUGGCGAGACAGUCUGCGGGCAGGUAGGGUCUCAGCCUGCAUUCCAGAUGGAGCUGGUAAACAGUUGCCCUGGACGCAGAAUUGACCUGUGCCUCCAUGGACAUUAAAAACAGACAUUUAUGACACAGCAAUAUUAGUCAUAUCCAGUCCUUUUUUUCUAGAAAAAGAGGUGCCAGUACUCAGCAUGAAGUUGUUAAGGUAAAUGCCACACUUUUAAACAACAACAACAAAGAGGUGCCGGUACUGCAUACCCUUGUGUACCCCCUGGGGGGAAAAGCAUUGGUCAUAUCUGUUAAUUUCAACAGGUUUACUUUCAGUAGGACUAACUCACAGUGGAUUCAACUCACAGUGAUUUCAAUGUGAACGACCAAGGAAAUGUGUAAUGGAGCAUAACAAAUAAUUGCUCACAGCAGGCAGUGUGUGAUCUGUUUUUCCCCCCUAGGAACCUCUGAAAUGAUCUGCCGUUCCAUUGCCCACCAAACUGAAUCAGUGGUUAUGUGUGCUGAGUAAGUAUCUUCAUGCUUGUUGUAGCAGAAAAGUUUUGGGGAGGGGGGGAAUAAAGAAAAUAAUUAUCCCCCCCCAGCCGCGGCUUCAGCGCACCCCGCGCUCCGGGCAGCAGGCUGCUAUCCGCAGCCUAGGGAGCCCUGCGGGAACUCCCGCGGGCUCCCCAGGCUUGCUGAUAGCUUCCUGAAGCCUGGAGAGCGAGAGGGGUCGGUGCGCACCGACCCCUCUCGCUCUCCAAGCUUCAGCGAAACCCUGCAUUCGCCCCAUAGGACGCACACAGAUUUCCCCUUCAUUUUUGGAGGGGGAAAAGUGCGUCCUAUAGGGCGAAAAAUACGGUAUUUCCCCUCACUUUUUAACCCUUCCACAUGAGCCCAGAAAAAAGCUGAUUUUGCCAACAUAGUGAAUUUGCCAACCUUUAGAAUGGGUGUUCACCUUUGUAUUUUGAUUUUUAUGCCUUUGGACCCAAUCCCUCUGGCUUUAAUGAUAAGAAGAGCUCUGCUGGAUCAGGCCAUUAAACUACUUUUACAGAAAAGCACCACAUCAACCCAUAAAAAGCCAUUAGGAUUCUUCUCCUAAGGCAAAAUGGCCCUGCGGUUGAGAGGGAAAGUGCAGCUGGAGUUAAGGUGAACUUCUCUCCGGCAAAUAAGCUCAAGCUGUUCCCAACUGUCCCGUCAGCCACACUUACCAUCCAAUGAGAGCAGUGGUACAUUGGGCAAUGGGAGAAGUGUCAUUUGCCAGGGCUUCAGAGCCCUUUACAAGGCAAGCCUUCCCGACAGUAAUGGACAUCAUCUCUCCCAAUGGCUGCCCUCACUGCCUUAAUGCACCUUUGGUGCAUGAUCUGAAGCCUCCUGGCCAAGGUGGGUGAACUGGAGUUCUUGGCUUUAAGGCCAUAUGGUUUAAAGUGGGCAGAAAGAGUGAGAAGCACUGAUCUCAGGAAGGCAUGGUGGGACAUACUAGAGGUGAUUCAGAACUGGGGUUGUUUUCCUGAGAUGGAAAAGGAAAUCAAGGAAACAUUCAAAAUAUAGAAGUUGGUUAUAUUAGGCAUGUCAUGUGGAAAGUGGCCUGGGGAAAUGUGUUUGUCGCUCUCUCUGAACUCUAGAACAUGUGGACAUUCAAUGAAGCUGAAUGCUAGAAGAUUCAGAUAAAGAAAGAACUUAUCCAUACAGUGCAAAAUUAAACUAUGGAACUAAUUCCCACAGAAAGCAGAGAAAGCUUCCAAUGUGGAUGGCUUUGAAAAGGGAUUAAAUAAUUGGGCAGAGUAUAAGGCUACCAGUGGCUCCUAGCUAUGCUGGCUAUAGUCUGCCUCUAUGGUCGGAAUCAGAUUUGACCAGCGGCCACUGAGAAUGGGAUGCUGAACUAGCAUUAUAUUUGGGUGCAGAGCAUCAGCCACAGGGGCUGAAUGUUGCACUCUGGGCCACUUCAUUUCCCUCUGACCCCAGACCCCACCCCUGCACCAUUGCCCCUCUUUUGCACCAUCCUUGAGUGGCAUCUGACUGGUGUGAAUGUGUCUUGCUUGCUUGGUUGGAGGGUAGAGAAAGGUGUGUGGCUGUGUGUAGGAACCAACCUACUUGUCCAGUGGGAAAGUUCGCAUUUGCUUUCCAUUUUGCUCUCUGGUCCGCCCACAGCUGACAUGUGGCCCCCAGGAAGGUUGCAUAGAAAGGAAUGUGGCCCUAGGGGUGCCACCCUUGCAAUAUGCCAUUGCAGGAAAAUGCUGCAAAGUGUAUGAUGUGUUAUGUACUGAAGUUCUCACCCUGGGCCAGCAGGGGGAUACUGUAGAUAGUUAUGCAAAUGAAGGAUCGAAAGUGACGUUCAGUGAUUGGAUAGUUUGUAUGCAAAUGAAGGAUUGAAAGUGACAUUCAGUGAUUGGCUAGUUACAGAAAAUGGUUACUGUUGCAUUCUAUUGGAGCUCUAUAUAAGCAGGCUGACCGAGCUCCUCAGUUCAGUUCUGUUCCAGCUUACAAAUAAAGAGCUGCUUUGGAAGAAUCGCUGUGUCGUCUGAUAUGUUCGCCCAUGACUUAACAUGAUGAAUGCUGAUGACAUCUUGCCUUCUCUUUAGGUUUCGUUUAGCUCCUGAGCAUCCGUAUCCAGUCCCUGUACUGGACUGUUUAACUGCUGUAAUAUACUUUAUGAAAAAUGCAAAGGAAUAUGGAGUGGACGCCAGCCACAUUGCCAUUGCUGGGGAGAGUAUUGGAGGCACUUUUACUGCAGCCAUUUGCCAAGAACUGGUGACCAGAGAGGACCUCCCAAGAGUGCGAGCUCAGGUCCUCAUUUACCCAUUCCUCCAAGGAAUGGACUUCAAUCUGCCAUCCUAUCAGCAAAACCAUUCAAUUCCUCCCUUGUUCCGGAAAAGAGCUGUCAGUCUUGGUUUGACAUAUCUCACUGGGAAGACAAUGAAUGUAGAUGGAGUUCUGAAAGGCGCCCAUGUCCCUCCUGAUUUGAGAGAGAAAUACCAAAAAUGGAUCAAUGCUGAUAACAUUCCGGAAGAAUUUAAAGCUAGGGGCUAUGUUCCUGUAGAACCUGCUCCAUUUUCAGAAGAACUUUAUGAACAAGUUAAAAGAGGUACUGAGACAAUGUUUGCCCCCCUUCUAGCAGAGGAUGACAUAAUCCGCCAGCUCCCGGAGACUUUCAUUCUAACCUGUGAAUAUGAUGGAUGCCGGGACGAUGGGCUGUUGUACAAGAAGCGGCUAGAGGACAAUGGUGUGCCAGUGACAUGGUAUCAUGUUCAAGAUGGAUUCCACGGAAUAAUGGCCUUUGCUGGUUGGGGGCCACUUGAAUUCCCGAGCACACAGAAAUGUUUGCAGAGUGUAAUACAGUUCUUAAAAGAUUUAUAGAAAUGAAUGACCUUCUUUGUCUUCCAAUGGCUGUCUUCUGCUUCUGUGGAGGGAAAUUUUGUUCCUCAUUGUGCCAAUCCUUAAGUUAAAAGAAAAACUCAGGUCCAAGGUUUUGUCAGGCUAAUUUAUUAAAAUCACCAUUGUGUUUGUAAGUACAUAAGCAAAGCUCUGUUGGACCAGGCCAUUGCCCCACUUUGUCCAUAAUCCUACUCUCACAGAGACCAAGCAGGUGCCUCCUGAGAUGCCCACAAACAGGACCUGGGUGCAAGAGAAGUUUCCCUGCUUGUAAUUCCUAGCAAAUAGCAUUAAUACUGCAUGCAGUAGUGGAGGGGAAACAUACCCAUGGCCUCCUCUAUGAAUUGGCCCAAUCCUCCGUUAAAACCGUC